AUGGCCACUACUCUGAGGCACCUCGGCCACAACUGUGUAUGCCUACAUGGCAAGAUGACGCAGACUCAUCGCCUUGGAGCCCUCAACCAGUUCCGGGCUGGCACGCGAUCGAUCCUCGUAGCAACAGAUGUAGCAGCGAGAGGCUUGGACAUUCCUAGUGUAGAUGUCGUCAUCAACUUCGACGUGCCCAAGAACCCUGAGGAGUAUAUCCACCGAGUGGGGCGUACUGCACGAGCUGGUCGGACUGGCCGCUCUGUGACCUUGGUCACUCAGUAUGAUAUUGAGCCCUUCCAGAGGAUCGAGAAUAAACAAGGCAAGAAGAUGGAGGAGUUCCCUGAGGUCAAUGAGGAAAGCGCCAUGUCGCUACAAGAGAAGGUCUUGGAAGCUCUCCGCUCGACACAGCUGGAGAUGCGAGAGCAGGAAGAGGACAUCAAAGAGGCACUGGCGGGGAAGAAGGGUGGACGUGGAGGCAGGAAAAGACAACACCAAAUGAUCCUCCAGAAACUCGCCCAAGGGAACAAGAAGAGGAGAUAA